GGAACUUCCACCCACACUUUAGCCAAAGUUUCAGAUGGACAGGUUUAUGAAACGGAUCUUCGCACUGCUGGCAGUUAUUGUGCUGAUAUUUACAAUAGCUGUUUUCUACGACAAAAUAAAUACGACCACGAGAGAGAUACAUCUCAUCCCUCCGGUGUACUGCAUGCAACUCCGUCACAAGUUUGCCAACAUCGCUUCAGCCACUAAUCCAGCACGUCACAGAUUUGAUUUCAAGAACUUCACUGAGGAUCUCUCAGCAUUGAUGAGGUGUCCACCAAUUUCCAAUAUCACCCAAAAAGAACUAAACAGAGCAAGACUGCGCGCCUGUUGUAAUGCAACAGGUAUUUUAUACUACAAUAAGCAGAACACAGCUGCCAAUCAGAAAAUUACAUAUGAGACGAGCUCAAAGCAACGCUAUCAUAUAAAUAAGGAUUUUUACAACAUGCUUCCUGAGGUAUGA